GCCCCGGAGCGCCUUUCCCGCACCGCCUUCCCCGCACCGCCGCUCGCACCCCGACCACGCGUUCCCGAACACUCGCGCCUUUUCCUUGACACGGCGGACCUCGGGGGAUUGGGGCGGCAAUUUGCCAUUUCCUCUUAAAAUUUUGUUCUGUCUAUUGUGGGAUUUUUUGGGUUUUUUGCUUGUUUCUUACAAUUUUUGUUUGACUGAAACAACCCCAUUGAAGACGUUUGCGUGAGGUUUGCGGGGCACAGGAGCGGAGACCACCGAGGCAGCCGCGCGGGCCGGUGUACCGCCAAGGACAAAAGGAGCCCAGAGCUGCUCGCCGCACCCGAUUCCUGCUGGUGCUCAGUAUGAAGAAAACCGAAAUGGGAAGGUUCAGUAUUUCCCCGGAUGAGGACAGCAGCAGCUACAGUUCCAACAGCGACUUCAACUACUCCUACCCCACCAAGCAAGCUGCUCUGAAAAGCCACUAUGCAGAUGUAGAUCCUGAAAACCAGAACUUUUUACUUGAAUCGAAUUUGGGGAAGAAGAAAUAUGAAACAGACUUUCAUCCAGGUACUACUUCCUUUGGAAUGUCAGUAUUUAAUCUGAGCAAUGCGAUUGUGGGCAGUGGAAUCCUUGGGCUUUCUUAUGCCAUGGCUAAUACUGGAAUUGCUCUUUUUAUAAUUCUGUUGACAUUUGUGUCAAUAUUUUCCCUGUAUUCUGUUCAUCUCCUUUUGAAGACUGCCAAUGAAGGAGGGUCUUUAUUAUAUGAACAGCUGGGAUAUAAGGCAUUUGGAUUGGUUGGAAAGCUUGCAGCUUCUGGAUCAAUUACAAUGCAGAACAUUGGAGCUAUGUCAAGCUACCUCUUCAUAGUGAAAUAUGAGUUACCUUUGGUGAUCCAGGCAUUAAUGAACAUUGAAGAUACAACUGGAUUGUGGUAUCUGAACGGUGACUAUUUGGUUCUCCUGGUGUCAUUGGUGGUCAUUUUUCCUUUGUCGCUGCUGAAAAAUUUAGGAUAUUUGGGAUAUACCAGUGGCCUUUCCUUAUUGUGUAUGAUAUUCUUUCUGAUUGUGGUGAUUUGCAAGAAAUUUCAGAUUCCUUGUCCUGUGGAAGUGGCUUUGAUAAUUAAUGAAACAGUAAACAGCACCUUAACACAACCAACAGCUUUUGCUUCUGCUGGGGAAUUUAACAUGACUGAUGGUCACUCUUGCACGCCACGUUACUUUAUCUUCAACUCACAGACUGUGUAUGCUGUGCCAAUUCUGACCUUUUCAUUUGUCUGUCAUCCUGCUGUUCUUCCCAUCUAUGAAGAGUUAAAAGGCCGCAGCCGUAGAAGAAUGAUGAAUGUGUCCAAGAUUUCAUUUUUUGCUAUGUUUCUCAUGUAUCUGCUGGCUGCCCUCUUUGGAUACCUGACAUUUUACGAACACGUUGAGUCAGAAUUGCUUCAUACCUACUCUGCUGUCGUGGGAACUGAUGUUCUUCUGCUCAUUGUCCGUUUGGCUGUGUUAAUGGCUGUCACCCUGACAGUACCAGUAGUUAUUUUCCCAAUCCGGAGUUCCAUAACUCACUUGUUGUGUGCAGCAAAAGAUUUCAGUUGGUGGCGUCAUGGUCUCAUUACAGUGUCUAUCUUGGGAUUUACCAAUUUGCUUGUCAUCUUUGUCCCAACUAUUAGGGAUAUCUUUGGUUUUAUUGGUGCAUCCGCAGCUGCUAUGUUGAUUUUCAUUCUUCCAUCUGCCUUCUAUAUCAAGUUAGUGAAGAAAGAACCUAUGAAAUCUGUACAAAAGAUUGGGGCUAUGUUCUUCCUGUUAAGUGGGAUAGUGGUGAUGACCGGAAGCAUGGCUUUGAUUGUUUUGGAUUGGGUACACAAUGCCCCUGGAGGUGGCCAUUAACUGGCACCACUCAAACUCCAAUAGUCCAUCUGAUGCCAGUGUUGAGUCAACUCUCAAUGACUAUGAAAUUUCACCUACACUUCCUUUGAAGUGCAGAUUCCUCGCUGGUUCUUCUGAGUGCAGAAUAAGUGAACUCUUUUUUUUUUUUUUUUUUUUUUAAAGAAACUUAUCUGUAUGUUAGAAAUGGAUAUGACAACAAAACCACGAGUCUCGGGUUGAGGGAAGUGACGAUUUUAUUCCAUUCCAGAGAAUGGACGAACUCUUAACUUUUAUCAGGCCACAUGUUUGGCUGUGUCAUUGUUUAACUUGGAUAUUUUAUGAUUUUACUUGAAUGUGCCUAAUGGAACCAUUCGAUGUGAGAAACAAUUCUUAAUUUACAGCAAAGUAUUGAAAUAACCAUUGAGAAAAACACAGUUAUUUUUUGUACCAAAAAUAAUUAAAGACCUCAGAAGCAGCACUAUUUUACUUUUAAGAAAUACUUUUUUUUAACUUUAUCCAGAAAUGGUUGUUAAUAAAUUCCAUAAAAUAAUUUCAUUGAUAUUUAAAAAUGAAUAUUAAUAUUACAAAAUAAUUUGCCUUUUGUAGGCAUAAAAAGCCAAAUACUUUUUUACCCAAAAUAAUUUUUAGAGAAAAUGAUGUAAUGAAAAAUUGUACCGUGAAUUAGCAUAGUUUUUUCCAUUUCAACUUCAACAUUACUUAAAGGAUAAUUGAUUAUUACUAUAACAAAUCAGAUGAACUCUGUUACUUUUCUUCUCUGUUCCCAAAUAAUUUGGUUCAUUCAGACUGAAAUAUUUAUGUUUCAACCUAUUAGAUUGGAAGAUAAUGCAGAUGUUUCUGUGGGAAAUAAAAUAACUAAUUUUGAGGUACCAAAUAGUGCAAUUGGGUAAAACAGGGUUUAUUCAGUUGCAUCGGUCUCCAGAGUUGUAUUGACAGCUCUGGGUCUUUUUUUGGGCCAGCCCUUUUUUGAGAUUGCUUCCAGCAGUUGAAAAUGGGCAUUUGAUGGCAACAGGCCAAAACUAUUUUAUCCAGAGAGUACAACUUUUCAAAAUGCUCAUCUACUGGAAGUGUGAAUUACUUGACAAUUAUAUGGCUUAGUUGUGUUCAUGUUUUGUCUACAAUAGAGGUCUAAUCCACAGGUUACGCCGAUAUUUGGUAUAAUACAAGUUCUGUUCAUAUAGGCCACUGGGUUUCUCAUGCAGUAAGCUUUUAAACUCAUUUGCACUGGAUUGUCAUCUCAUUCUUGUACAAUGUAGAAUUAUUUGUUUACAUCCAACAAAUGGUUAGCUAGGAACAACAGUGCAACCUGAGUGUAAGUAGUUGUUUUGGUCCAACUGCAUGUUCAUCCUUCCAUUUCAAUCCCAGUUAGGAGUGAAAACAUUACUUUGAAACUUGGCUUUAAGAGCACAUUUAUUGUACGUUACAGUGUAUGGUGAAUAUAUUAUUAAAUAAUGUGGUACUUUGCUCAUCAGGCAUAAUGUCUAAAAUCUAAUAUACAUAAUUCCAUUAAGUGGUUGAGGGAAGCAAAUAAUGGAAUCAUCAAUUAGUCAUCUGGCUGUAAGGUUUUCUCUUGAACUAAACAUUUUUAGUUUUGGGCAAGGACCAGAAAUGUGGCAGACAUGGUUUAUGUUACGCAUUCUUGUAUUAUAUGUCACUAAAUUUACAGACAAGAUACGUUGUAACUAAAGACCUUUAUGGAACUGGAAGACGUCUUGUAGUGCUACAUUGGGUGAAACCAAUGGUCCGUUUUUAUUUGUUUCUACGAAGAUAAAAUAAUUGAGGACCAUCUAGAAAUUAAACGGCAGUGAGAAGAUGAAUUCUACAGCACUGCUUUCAUUUAAUUGGACAUGGGCACUCCAUUCGAAUCCAGAACCUCACCUCUAGUUCAGACCAAGAAUUGGCACUUCCACUUGAGUUCCUGGAAAGAGUUGCUGAUUUUGUAUCUAAGACCUGCUGGGGAACAACGCCAAAUAAAAAGUUGUUUUCUACAAUUUUUACAUCCUUUCAUAUGGGAGGAAAUAGCAAUGGCACCAAGGAAGGAAUGGAAAAAAAGAAUCCUUCUCAUAGCAAAUCAAUGUGGGGAGGCUCCUCCAAUCCUCUUUGGCUGUUUGAGGUUCAAAAUCAACUGCCUUGGGUAAAUUUCAAUGCAUGAUUUUCUUGGAGCUAUCUUAUCUGCCUUGAGGUUCCUAAAUGGUGAAUUCCCAUUAAUGAGCAGUCUUCAGUAUUAAAACCACUGUCUUGUCACUUCAUUUUGCAUUACUGUCUUCCGUGGAUGUUUCAGUUAUAACUGUAAUGUUAUUUAUAGAACAACAUUAAUCCAUUAAAGCUAACCUAUUUUUCAAUAUUUAUGAUAAUCUAUGUACAUACAUUGUCUGUUCAUAUGUAUUUGUAAAUAGGUUGUAUAUACUGUCAGGUUUGGGUUUGGGGUUCAAGUGUAUAUAUUCCUGUAACUUUCUUAACUGCAUUUUGAAUUCACAUUAUGUAUCUAUAAAAAUUGUACCCAAUAGUACCUGUACAGAAUUCGAUAUUUAAAAAUUGGCAAAUUGUGUACAAAUACUGAAGAAACACUUGUUUAAAUUGUAUUUGCAAUAACUGGUUGGGUAUCAAAUUUUUUUCAUGAAAACUUGGUAUAAGUUCAGAUCUCUUAUUUAAAUUUUAAGGUCUAAAUUUUCAAAAUGCAGUAGUAAUCAAAAUGUGAUCUAUGUAAUGAAAUCAAAUGUGAUCCAGUGUCAUGAAAGAACUUUGAAAACCUGAAUGUGUUUAACUUUGUGUAUAUAGUGUAAAUAUCCCCACUGUACUGUUAGAGGCCAACAAUUCCAGUAUGGUUUGUUGGCAAAGAGUGCUACACCGUUUCAAUGAAACUAUGUACGUUUGUGUUAACUGAACUAAAUAAAUACAUGCUUAAUCCUGA